CGCUCUCGUUGAGUUUUCGUCGUUCGUUAAGGUCAGUUCAUUUUUUUCUCGUUUUUCACCAAGUUUAGAAUCAAAAGUUAGUCUUACGAACGAAAUAUAUUCAUUAAACCUGCUAUACCUUUUCCUCCAGUGAUAUUUUUUUCAGAUUCUCCGGAAAUCCUGCGGUCAAGGGUUAGUUUUGACCUUUAAAAUACGCACAACACCAUCAGGGGUUGUCACGAAAGCUUUGUUCCAAAAACCUUUUAGCAAUGAAUUGUGUAGAGUGUAGCCAAUGUGUUAAACUCGGAGCAAUUGAGAACAAAUCCAGUAAGUAGCAGGGUGGAGGAAUUGAACUCGGGAUACCAGAUUACAUGUCCAGCCCACUAACCACUCGGCCAUACUGCCUCCACAACUCGCCACUUCCAACUUCCUAUGUUUUUAACUUCUGCAGGCAUGACCAAGAAAGUUCGUUGGCGGAGACUUAUUCGAUGUGGACUAUGCUUUGCAGUAACAGUGGGCCUGAUGAAUUAUUUCAUACCCUCUUUAGACCAGGCAGUACAAACAAGUCAUCGUCAAAUAGAUCUUAGGAAAUAUCAAAGCAAUUUUCCCAUCCUGUCCCCUUCCAUUGAACCACGAGUUACCGACUUCGAAGACUUAUUCGUUCUGGUGAUAGUUUCAACUUCGCCCAACGAUGAGAUGAAAAGAAGAGAUACAAUACGUCGCACAUGGGGGAAUUGUGACAAAACUAACAACAAUAAUAAAUGGAAGGUUGUAUUCAUGAUGGGCAAAUCCUUGAGUAGCGACAGGAAUGAAAAAUUAAUGGCAGAACACAAACGGUAUGGAGAUCUUCUUAUAGCUGAUUACAUCGACAAGUAUCGAAACAUCACGACAAAACUUCUCAUGUCAUUUAAGUGGGCGACGCGAAUUAGAUGUAAUUAUAUUCUGAAAACUGACAGCGAUGUUUACGUUGAUAUUCCUGAGUUAAUGAAAUGGUUGCUGAAUCGAGGCCAUCCAAACUCUCUGUACGCUGGCAUUCUGCACGGAGGCACUGUAAUAAGAAAGAGGGGGCAUCGUCAUUACGUGAGUAAAGACGAGUUUUCGUUAGACUAUUAUCCACCGUUUUGCAAAGGAGCUAUGUAUGUUCUGUCAACGAGUUUACUUCCAAAGAUGCUUGACUUAUCAAGGCAGGUCACUCGAAUUGGACCUGAUGAUGCUUACGUUGGACUGUUAGCAGAUCAGCUGGGAAUAUCUGCAGUGAGAAUUGAAGGUUUUUUUCAAAGAAGGCCUAACUUUUUGUGGUUAAUAAGUGAAUGUGAGUUGAGAGAUCUCCUUGCGAUUGGAGAUUUUCUUACUCCAAGUCAAUUGAACUACAUUCAUGAAGUGAAGCAUGCUAAGACUUCUGGGCAGGGGCUCGACGCCUCUCACAGUCUUUGUGUAUCUCUGUACAUGAAAUUGUCCCUGCUUCGAUUAUUCUGUGUAAUCUGUUUACCCAGUCUGUUUUUUUUCGGCUAUAGAAGAAGUAAAACAAGAAUUUCAUAAAUGAAUCGAGAGGCUUUCCUCGUCUCAGUAAGAUAUAUUUAUUCACCACAAUGGAGAUGAAUGGUGAUGGAUAAUUACUAAGCUGUGGAGCGGCAAGGUGAAUAUUCACCACUUUCACCGACACUGAGGUGAAUAAUUCAUUUAGUAUAUACCACAUCGAUACCAAAAAAUUGUUUUUUUUUAUUCCAAUACAGAGAAAACGGUGCACUAUUAUUUACCUGUGUGGUAUGUGUAUGCCUAAAUAGAGUAUCUUUGGAAAAGCUUUAUUUUAAUAGUAAUAUCGCUGUUCGCAGACUAAGUAAAUUGCGUUAAAAUACAAUUAUAAUUUCGGUAAAAUAAAGUUGAUAAUUUAAAAUAAUGCUAGGAUCUAUGAUAUACAUAUAAUAUAAAACGCUGUGGAUGUAAACGUUAUCAAAAAUGUCAACAAGUUACUUUCCAUAGGGGGAAUACAGGUAUUACUAAAAUGGUCUGUGCUGGUCGCAAUACUUUUAAACAUAUAUAUAUACAUGUAUUUUAAAAUGUUCUUGGCAGGCAAUGACUCGUGUAGUCUGAGGUUAGAGUUUGAUAUCACAGAACUAAACAGCUUUGAGUAAACAUGUGCCCGUCUUUUCUUCUGCUGAUAGGGCGUACUUGUACUUGUAAUUUCUUAGAAUUUGAUAGACCUAUGCAAAAGAUUGAUAAAACACUUCUUCGUACACGCUCUAAGUCAUUCCUCAGAUAAGCAAGAAGGGC